AUGUCUGAGAUCCGUCGGGAGGUUCGAGCAAAUCUGGAGUCUCCAAAUGUUCCGACUCAGGACCGAGCUUCCGGGAUGGGAGUAGCCAAGAGGGUGCACAGCAAAAAGACUCAAUUUGCUCACAGAGCUCUAGCUCCGCCCCACCUCCGGCCUGUCUCCAACUCACCACCAGAUGACCCAGAACAUCAAGCUCCAUCAGACACACCUGCCUGGGUAGUGUUUUGGAUCUUCCCCGGGUGGACCAUUCCAUCUGAGGAAUUGGGGACGCCACCCAACCACAUGUAUGUUGAGCUUCCUCAACAACCUGUUAUCCUCAAACAGGCCCAGCCCCAGCAAGACAUUCCCAUGGUCAGCGCUGAACCCAUACCCCAAGACAAAGGAAAGCAGAGGGUGUAUCCAUGGCAGCCACCCAUUAAUACUGCUGGCCCUUCAGGAACAAGUGCCCCAUGA